AUGACCGGCUGUGCCUGUUCCGGAGGCUGUUCCCCCUGUGCGGGGUGCAAGGGGGGCUGUUCCCCCUGUGGGGGCUGCAAGGGGGGCUGUGGGUCCUGUGGAGGCUGCAAGGGGGGCUGUAGCUCCUGUGAGGGAUGCAAGGGAGGCUGUGGCUCUUGUAGUUGUUCCAAGGGAGGCUGUAGCUCUUGUGGGGGCUGCAAGUCCAGCUGUUGCCAAUCCAGCUGUUGCAAGCCCUGUAGCUGUGAACCCAGCUGCUGCAAGCCCUGCUGCUGCCAGGUGAGUUGCUGCAAGCCCUGCAGCUGCGAACCCAGCUGCUGCAAGCCCUGCUGCUGCCAGGUGAGUUGCUGCAAGCCCUGCAGCUGUGAACCCAGCUGCUGCAAGCCCUGCUGCUGCCAGGUCAGCUGCUGCAAGCCCUGCAGCUGUGAACCCAGCUGCUGCAAGCCCUGCUGCUGCCAGGUCAGCUGCUGCAAGCCCUGUAGCUGCGAACCCAGCUGCUGCAAGCCCUGCUGCUGCGAACCCAGCUGCUGCAAACCCUGCUGCUGCCAGGUCAGUUGCUGCAAGCCCUGCAGCUGCGAACCCAGCUGCUGCAAGCCCUGCUGCUGCCAGGUCAGCUGCUGCAAGCCCUGUAGCUGUGAACCCAGCUGCUGCAAGCCCUGCUGCUGCCAGGUCAGCUGCUGCAAGCCCUGCAGCUGUGAACCCAGCUGCUGCAAGCCCUGCUGCUGCCAGGUCAGCUGCUGCAAGCCCUGUAGCUGCGAACCCAGCUGCUGCAAGCCCUGCUGCUGCGAACCCAGCUGCUGCAAACCCUGCUGCUGCCAGGUCAGUUGCUGCAAGCCCUGCAGCUGCGAACCCAGCUGCUGCAAGCCCUGCUGCUGCCAGGUCAGUUGCUGCAAGCCCUGCAGCUGUGAACCCAGCUGCUGCAAGCCCUGCUGCUGCCAGGUCAGCUGCUGCAAGCCCUGCUGCUGUGAACCCAGCUGCUGCAAGCCCUGCUGCUGCCAGGUCAGCUGCUGCAAGCCCUGUAGCUGCGAACCCAGUUGCUGCAAGCCCUGCAGCUGCGAAUCCAGCUGCUGCAAGCCCUGCUGCUGCCAGGCCAGUUGCUGCAAGCCCUGCAGCUGUGAACCCAGCUGCUGCAAGCCCUGCUGCUGCCAGGUCAGCUGCUGCAAGCCCUGCUGCUGCUGCGAACCCAGCUGCUGCAAGCCCUGCUGCUGUGAACCCAGCUGCUGCAAACCCUGCUGCUGCCAGGUCAGUUGCUGCAAGCCCUGCUGCUGUGAACCCAGCUGCUGCAAGCCCUGCUGUUCCCAGUCCAGCUGCUGUGCCCCUGUGUGCUGCCAGUGUAAGGUCUGA